GCAAGACCUUAGCCCUGUUGGCCAUUAGCUGCAUCGUAGGGACGAUCUACAGUGCUAAUUGAACCAUGCCUUCCUGGAGCCGGACAGUUAAGGAGAGAUAUGGAGUGGCCAUCUUUAACUUUGAGGCACAGAGGGAUCCACAGCUCUCACUAUGUGUUGGGGACACAGUGCAAAUCCUGGAAAAGUAUGAAGGUUGGUACAGAGGGUGCUUGAUGAAAAACAAGUCACAGCAGGGUGUAUUUCCAGUAGCGUUUGUGCAUAUUAAAGAGGCUGUCAUCGAGAAGCGAGGGAAUAGGGAGAACAUCUUCUCUGCAGAAAUGCCUUUGGUUCAGGAGGUCACUACCACACUGAGAGAAUGGGGCAUCAUCUGGAGGCAGCUUUACACGGCUAGUAAGAAGGAAAAGUAUCAUCAGGUUCGCUCCAUGAUGUUUGACUUGAUGGAAUGGCGAUCUCAGCUGCUUUCCGGAACACUGCCCAAGGAUGAACUGAAAGAACUGAAGCAGAAAGUCACCUCUAGAAUUGAUUAUGGGAACAGGAUCCUUGAACUUGACCUUGUUGUCAGAGAUGAGAAUGGCAACAUUAUGGACCCAGAUGAAACCAGUGUAAUUAGCUUAUUCCAUGCUCACGAGGAGGCUACAAAACAAAUCUCGGAGCGUAUAAAGGAAGAAAUGUCUCAGACUCAAACUGAUAGCUCCACUUUUGCGCGGAUGGCAUCAUCCCCAACACACAGCCUCUACGUGUUUGUACGAAACUUUGUGUGUCGGAUAGGAGAGGAUUCUGAACUCUUCAUGGCAUUGUACGACCCUCAGAAACAAUCGAUCAUCAGUGAGAAUUAUUUAGUGCGGUGGGGGAGUGGGGGCCUCCCAAAAGAAAUCGAUAUGUUGAACAACCUGAAAGUGGUGUUUACGGAUCUGGGAAACAAGGAUUUGAAUCGUGAUAAAAUUUAUCUAAUUUGCCAAAUAGUUCGCGUUGGAAGAAUGGAUUUGAAGGACACGAACCAGAAAAAAUGCACUCUUGGGUUAAGACGACCUUUUGGAGUGGCAGUGAUGGACAUCACCGAUAUUGUGAAGUGCAAAACAGAAAGUGACGAAGAGAAACAACAUUUUAUUCCUUUCCAUCCGUUUAUGGCAGAAAAUGAUUUUCUGCACUGUCUACUUAAUAGAGUAAUUUCUACCAAGACAGGGGAUGAAAAGGGUCAAGGUCUGUGGGUUACCAUGAAAAUGCUGGUAGGCGAUGUAUCACAGAUCAGGAAGGAUUAUCCACACCUUGUGGACAGGAACACAGUGGUAGCCAGGAAGUUGGGAUUUCCAGAGAUCAUCAUGCCAGGUGAUGUUCGGAAUGAUAUUUACAUCACUGUCCAGUACGGCGACUUUGACAAGUACAACAAGACCACACAGAAGAAUGUGGAAGUGAUAAUGUGUGUCUGUAGCGACGAUGGUAAAAUUCUUCCGAACGCUAUUUGCCUGGGUGCAGGAGACAAACCAGUCAGUGAAUAUCGAUCUGUCAUCUACUAUCAGUUCAAGCAACCCCGUUGGAUUGAGACAAUCAAGGUUGCCAUUCCAAUGGAAGAAAUGCAAAGAAUACACUUGAGAUUUAUGUUUCGGCACAGAUCGUCACAAGAGUCGAAAGACAAGAGUGAAAAGAAUUUUGCAAUGGCAUUUGUGAGACUGAUGAAAGAUGAUGGUACAACACUGCAAGAUGGUACUCAUGAACUGCUGGUGUACAAGGGUGAUAGCAAAAAAAUGGAAGAAGCCAACAUAUACACCAAGCUGCUGUCCACUCGCCCAGCCUCCGAGCUCAAAGGCUACACACUCAGCCGCAGCAACACUACUUUAGGAGGAGGCUUGUCCAGCAGUUCCAGAGACACCUUUGUCAUCUCAACCCUGGUGUGUUCCACAAAACUCACACAGAAUGUCGGUUUGCUGGGCCUUUUGAAGUGGAGAACCAAACCUGAACUCUUGCAAGAAAACCUGGAGAAGCUGAAGAUAGUUGAUGGAGAAGAGGUCGUUAAGUUCCUCCAGGACACUCUCGAUGCACUAUUCAACAUCAUGAUGGAGCAUUCCGACACGGAGAAAUAUGACAUCCUUGUCUUUGAUGCUUUGAUAUACAUUAUUGGGCUGAUCGCUGACAGAAAAUUCCAGCACUUCAAUGCUGUUCUUGAAGCCUACAUUAAACAACACUUCAGUGCCACCUUGGCUUAUAAGAAACUGAUGACUGUGCUGAAAAACUAUCUAGACAUUUGUUGUGAAGGCAAGCAAUGUGAACCAAUUUUACGGACUUUGAAAGCCCUGGAGUAUAUCUUUAAAUUCAUUGUGAGAUCUCGAUCGUUAUUUGCACAACUGUAUGAAGAAAAGGAACAGGUUGAGUUCGAAGAAUCACUGAAAAGACUAUUUGAGUCCAUCAAUAACCUGAUGAAGAGUCAGCAAGUGACUACAAUCCUGUUGCAGGUCAAAUGCCGCGACAUCCUCCUUCCCAUGAUGACUGAUGAGCUGAAGGCCCAGCUGGAUCAGAAAGAGGAGAAACAACAGAACCAGGAAUUAAAGCACUGCAUCGAAUUACUCAACCACAUCCUGGAGGUCCUCAGUCAGCCUAAUGUGGGUUCAACUCACAACCAUCUCCAGGGGAUCAUAACAAAGUUGCUGCGACCAGUAAAUCAGACGGUUAUUGUACUGGGAAAAGAACACGGCCUGGUUAGUAACUUUGUGGCAUGCAUGACUGCAAUAUUCAAGCAGAUGGAUAAUGAGCAUUACUCCAAUUAUUUGGAAUCCUUCCAAACAAAUCGAGAUUUGGUGGAUUUCUUCAUGGAAACUUUUAUCCUGUUCAAGGAUUUGAUCGAGAAGAAUGUCUACCCCAGUGACUGGAUGGCUAUGAGUAUGGUGCAAAACAGAGUCUUUCUACGAGCCAUUAACAAGUUUGCAGAAACCAUGACACAGAAAUUCCUGGAGAAUAUGAACUUUGAGCAACAGUUAUGGAAUAAUUACUUCCAUCUGGCAGUAAAAUUUAUUACCCAAGAUUCGCUGCAACUGGAACAUUUUUCUCAGGCAAAGUGCAUGAAAAUCUUGAACAAAUAUGGGGAUAUGAGGCGCCUAAUCGGAUUCAACAUUCGUGAUAUGUGGUACAAGCUUGCUCAAAACAAGAUCCACUUCAUCCCAGAAAUGGUUGGACCAAUCCUAGAAAUGACCCUGAUCCCAGAGAUUGAGCUCCGCAAAGCCACGAUCCCAAUCUUCUUUGACAUGAUGCUAUGCGAGUACGCCAUGUUCAACAAGUUCAGGAAGUUUGAAGAUGAAAUAAUCCUGAAGUUAGAUCACACGGUGGAGGGAGGAUGCGGUGAUGAGCAGUAUAUGGAGCUCUUCCAGAAGAUCAUCCUGAAGUGUGCUGAAGAGCACCCAGCUAUUGCCAAAUCAGUGCAACAUUUCGUCCACCUGGUAAAGGGUCUCCUGGAGAAACUGCUGGAUUAUAGGUCAGUGAUGAGUGACGAAAGCAAGGGGAACCGUAUGAGCUGCACGGUUAACCUGCUGAAUUUCUACAAGGAAAUCAAUCGGGAAGAGAUGUAUAUAAGAUAUCUGUACAAGCUUCGAGAUCUGCACCUGGACUGUGAAAACUACACUGAGGCUGCCUACACACUCCUUCUGCAUGCUAAGCUACUGAAGUGGUCUGAUGAACAAUGUACAUCGCAUGUUAUGCCAAGAGAUUUUCACGAUUCCCAAACACAGCGGCAGCUGAAAGAAAACCUGUACAAAACCAUUAUUAAUUACUUUGACAAGGGAAAGAUGUGGGAGGAAGCCCUGAAUCUCUGCAAGGAGCUAGCAGAUCAAUUUGAGAAGGAAAUCUUUGACUAUGAACUUCUGAGCCAAAACCUGAAACAGCAAGCCACCUUCUAUGAGAACAUCAUGAAAAUCCUACGGCCAACUCCGGAUUAUUUUGCUGUCGGGUACUAUGGUCGUGGCUUUCCUCUAUUUCUCCGAUCAAUGUGGAUCGAGAGAACGACGUUUAUCACAGCAUACAAAUUACCUGGAAUUCUGCGUUGGUUUGAAGUCAUUUCUAGUUCCACUAACACCAUCAGCCCACUGGAAAACGCGAUUGAGACAAUGCAGAAAACCAAUGAAAAAAUCCUCACCUUGAUCACCCAGUACAAGGCUGAUGACCAUCUUCCAAUCAAUCCUCUCUCAAUGUUGCUCAACGGUAUUGUGGAUCCAGCGGUUAUGGGUGGAUUUGCCAAAUAUGAGAAGGCUUUCUUCACAGAGGCUUAUUCAGAAGAGCAUCCAGAAGAUUGUGAAAAAUUGAAUCAUCUAAAGAAUCUAAUAGCCUGGCAGGUCCCGAUGCUUGAAAAAGGAAUAAAACUUCACGGGAAAAGAGUGCAGGAUGACCUUCGACCUUUCCAUGACCGGAUGGAAGAAUGUUUCAAACAGCUAAAACUAAAAGUGCAGAAGGAAUAUGGAUUAAGGGAGCUGCCAGAUUUUGAUGAAAAACGAACAAGCCGACCAAGGUCCAUGCUGAGAUCCUAUCGUCAAGUGUCCAUGAUCUCCCUUUCCUCCCUCAAUGCUGAAUGCAACACACCAAUCAAAGGGCCUGCUGACAGCAGUGUGGUUCCUGACAGCCCCAGGCCAAGGACGCCAAUCCUUAAAUCUGAAGAAAAGGCUCCAGACCGAGCUAUCAAAGAGGAAGGGGAGGUUAAACUGAGGAGGGAGAGGAAGAGACAGAAGAGAAGUAGCGUGGUGUUUGCAGACAGCAAGACAGAGCCUUCAGAUACCAAACGGCUGUCAAGGAAACAGGAGUUUCGGAGUGAUACCAACUUGUCAGACCAAGCCGAGAAACGCCCAUCUUCUGUGCUCAAGCAGAUGAGCUUUGCCAGCAGAUCAGUACCAACAAUCCCAGCUUUGAUUUUUGCCGUGGCAAAUGGUGGUGAAGACCAAAACCUUGACCAGAAUGCACUGAAAAGGAUGAGCCAGCCGACAUUUAUGCUGUCCCUCGAUGAAGAUGACGAAGAGAGAAAGAACCCUCCCAAAAGUAAAAAAGCUUCCUUCUUUAAGAACCGGCUGACUUCUAAGAGUGGUGAGGACAGCAAGUAGCCUGGAGAUGAGCUCUCCUUCGUCAAUCUCAGUGGAGGGUCGUCGGAGUAGAGAGCACAGCUCCAAGUGCUGAAGAUGUGAUGGGAGGGCCUCCUCAGUUACAGCACUGCAAACAGUAACUAUUCGAUAAUUCAUUGCUGUACACACACACACACACACACACACGUACACGCACACACACACACACACACACACACACACACACGAACACACACACACACACACACACGCAAACAAUUCUUCUGACUCACAAAAUGCUUCUUUUGUUUCUCAAAGCCCUGGUUUUCCAUUACAACAGUACAGUUCUGAUCGAAUUUUCAAGAUUAAAACCUGAACACUUCUGGCAUAUUUUGACUUCUCACCCCAAAAGUUGGCAAAAAUUGCAGCAGCAACAGGGCAAAUGGAAUUGCUCACUUAUACACUUGCAAGGAACAAACUCCUCCAGCUCUUGGAUUUUGCAGAGUGAAACCUCAAUGCAGUUUCUUCACCUUCAUUUCUGAGUCCAGAAAUUGCCGAUGUUAAUAUGUUGCAAUGCACUGAUUAAAA